AUCAGACGACCAAGGGUUGUUGCUGGCAGGAUGAUGUUCCUGGUGGGGUUGCUUAUUCUGUCUCUUUGGGCAGUCAAGAGCAGAUGUACGCCAGCAGAAACUGGAAGAUGGCCGCCUGUGCACAUCAGUUUAUUCUACGAGUCCCUGUGUCCCGACUGCCGUGCGUUUAUGGAAGACGAACUCUGCCCGACGUGGGCGAGGAUGAAGGAGUUUCUGAACCUCACCCUCGUUCCAUUCGGCAAUGCUGAGGUGACCCAGAGCACCCCAAGCCAACAGUUCAGGUGUCAACAUGGGGAGAGAGAAUGUUUUGGAAACAUGAUCCAGAGCUGUAUGAUUUAUCACCUGAAGAACACAUCGUCUUACCUGCCAGUGAUCUGCUGCAUGGAGUCUGCCCGUACAGUGCUCAUGGCAGCACAGCAGUGCCUUCAAGAGCACGCGCCGUCCAUGAGCUGGGAGAUCAUCAGUGACUGUGUCGACGAAGACCUGGGCUCUCAGCUGAUGUAUCAGAAUGCUGAGAGGACCAGUGAACUGGAACCACCGCACAACUACGUCCCUUGGAUCUUGAUCAAUGGGGAGCACUCUGAGGACAUGCAGCACCAUGCGGAAACUGACCUCUUGGACCUAGUCUGUAGGACCUACACAGGUCCCCCACCGAUGGUUUGUGAUCAAAGUGUCAACACCAAACACUCAAAGCUCGAAACAUAGCUGUCCUGCCAAGUGGGAAGCUUUAAUUAAUAACCUUCGCUCUAUCUUCCACCAUUUUGUUACUCUUUUCAGAUGUUAUACUAUGUUCUGUGUAUCUGAUUUUGAAGAUGAAAACUAUUAAAUCAGAAGGAAUCUUUAUGAUUCAGAUUGUCCGAUUUUUGUUUUUUUUCUAAUAUCUUCUUUAUUCUGUAACCAAAUUAAAUAGGA